AUGUGUGACAACAUACCAACCGACUUGGCCUUGUCCAUCGCCAGUUGCACUACCCACGUUGAGGAGGAAGCGCAGCAACGAGCCUUGUGGGCUAUCCCUGAAGAAGAGCCCAACACUGUGACUCAUGAGCCUCUCCAGCAACAGGAAGAGGAUGGCAAGCUGCAAAACUUACGUCAAUAUCUUGCGUCAUGCCACAAUAUGAAUAGAGCAGCUCAAACCAUUAACGGCGAUUCGUGCUGUUCUCAAGCCACUACACUUCAACCGGACGGCAAAGUGUAUCCCGCACAAAUUGUUUUGUCUCCUGAUUUCAUGGACAAGCAAAUGGAGGUCUGGAAGAAGGUGCUGGCAGACGACAACUCAGCCCUCUUGCAGAAGAUGUUCCCUUCAAUGGAACAAGUACAUGAUGAAUAUUUCUCCAUGGAGCCCAUCAACGGCCACCCGACACUCUGCGUCUUUGAGCGACUUGGUAUAUCCAAGGCCGUCAUGAAUCUGCUUCACGGAGUGUUGGAAGACCAACUCCUCAGCAGAGCCGUUGGCCUCACCGGAGACAUAACCUUCUGUGUCUACUCCAACACCGAGUGUGGUCGAACUUUUCCUGUUGUUGGAAUCGAGUACAGGCCAUCUGAUCCGCCCAUGGUGCAAGAGAUUGCCACAGCCUUGGUCGAGGAUAUUGUUCCGGAGCGCGAUGUCAUUGGAAGAGAGGAUGACACGUUUACCUUUGUGUCAUCGUCCAAGCAGGUCGUUACUGCUGCCAUCACUCAAAUAUUUGACCGCAUGGUGAAGUUGGGUGUGGCGUACGGGUACAUCUACACGGGAGAUGCCAUCAUCUUCCUGGAGAUUCACGACGACCCGUCUAUCGUGCACUACUAUGUCGGCAUCCCCGACAUUGACGUCUGUGAUGAAGACGAAUCAACUCUGCGCUACUCUGCUGUCGGUCAAAUCUUUGCAUUCAUGAUCAGAGCGAUGCAAGCGGGACCCCGUUCGGUGCAGUGGCAGGACAGAAUUGCAACCCUUGACGUCUGGAGGAGCAGCCGCAGCGAGGCACUGCUCAACAUGCCGUCGCAUCAGAGUGCCCCAGGCUCCUCAAGCGCUACUAGCGUUGGCGAUGAGGUGAUGAAUGAUGUCGACGCAGAGUACGAACAGGUCGGUGAAAAUGAUGAAGAGAAUGAAAACGACGAAAACAACAAUCAGGAUGACGAGGACGAGUAUGAAGAGUAUGACGAUUAUUACCUCGACAUUGACGAGGACAUGUACGUGGCCGUUGACAUCAAUCUCGUAUGGGGACAAGAUGGAGAGCUUGUGCCCCAGAGAGACGAAGAUCAACAAUACGCAUGCCAGCAUGGAGAAGAAGGCUUUGUCGAUGACGGCAAACAAACCUAUUGGUUCGUAGAUGGCGAGGUCAUUGUUAGUGACAUUCGACAGCGCCAAUACUGCACCCAAGAGUGCCUGCUUGGUUUGACCAAUGGCUCCUCUCUGGACCAAGCUUGCCCCAAUGUCGAUAAGCAUGGAGAUGAGCACAUCAGCAAUCUUGAGUUUCUCCGGCUUGUUCAGAGCCAGCUUGCCCGCACUCGUCACGUAUCUGGCUGUUGCGUCUCGCUUGACCUGAAAGGCUCCCUGGGAGCCAUGUUCAAGGUCAUGAUUCCCACUCAUGGUUACACAUUUGUUGCCAAGGGUGUCACGGAAGAAAACGUGCCUCGUCUGUUGCGUGAAGGCGACACCUACACUCGGCUCAGAGACGUCCAAGGAGGAUGCGUCCCCGUCUAUCUCGGCAUUGUUCAGCUUGAAGCGACGUUCGACCACGAUAGCACCGCUUACAGCCACUUCAUGCUUCUCAGCUGGGCCGGUCGGUCUGUGGAAAAGCUCCAGCAAUCUCAAGCAAGCCAUGGCUUUGUCAAUUCCACGCGCAGGGCUUACACGGAACUGCACAAUGCCGGCCUGGUUCACAACGGCGCAGAGCUGGGUAACAUGCUCUACAAUCCUCAACUUGAUAGAAUCAUGCUUGUGGACUUUGAGCACGCAUCCAUCUACGAAUGCCACGUCGCAGAGUUUGAGUACCGCGAUACCAGCCGCAGCCACUGCGCCACUAUCGAGGAGGUGGAAGACGAAGAGGAGGCUGGUGGCAGUAGCGACAACAAGAGUGACGAUGAUGGCUUCGUCCACAUCCAUAACCACACCCCCGGCCACAGCCACAGCGGUGGUCUCAGACGAGUCAACAGAUGCGAGAAUCUGCGUAGGGAGUUUGAGGCCGCGUCUGAGCGAGAGAUGAACCGCGCAGUCAAUCUGAUGGAGGUCCUCGCUCCAACGCUGCGCCCGUGGCAGAUCGUUUAG